AUGGCACAAGGCUUCAAGACCAAAGCGCCGGCCAAAGCCAAGACCAAGACGACGCAGAAGAAGUUGCAGAACAAGGACCCGAAGAAAGGUGGUACGUUGCACGCUUUUGCACGCUUGGAGGAUGUUCAAUGACGCGGGGGAAGGGUCAGGUGAUCGGGGCUUUGACGGGCGAGGGAGGGGGGACGUCGAGGAUUCUGGUGGUGAUCAGUAUAGCUGUUGGUAUGUGGAGCUGACUUGUGAGGUGUAUGGGUUGGUGUGUACAGCUCGAACGAUCCCUCCGAAGAGGCAGUCGCUCGUGGCGCAGGCGAUCGUUCAUCGAGUACGUUUUCCACCAAUUUCUCUUCUCACGAUGACGUGGUCGAUCGGCUCACAGUCUUUUUUUGAUAUGAUCGAGCACAGAAGAAUACAUCAUCCCACCACACCAGCUUGGAGAAGACGAUCGCGACGCAGGCGAUCAGUCACGGCAAACUGACCAUCAGUCAGUCCUUUACGCCGUGGGGUAGGGAGGACGUCGGUGAUGGAAAAACGGACUACUGACGAUCAUGUUUUGCUUUGGUUUGCAAGUGCGUUCCUCGGCGGAUGAGACGGAGGAAGGACGGAAAGCGCUCAAGAAGUAAUGAGGGUGGAGCUCGACGCUCGCCCCGAGGAGUCGCGAGGCUGGAAACGAUGGGACGACGAGAAGGGCUGUAUGCAGACGAGACUGCGACAUGUGUGUAUGUGUUCACUAUGCAAGCUGUAAGGUGUUCUUGGUUACUUUCUUUCACCACCUUCCGAGAGCUCAGCUACUUGGUGAUCCGGGCUACUGGACGGCGAGGCGACAGGCAAUGUAUUGUGAUUAAACAUCACAUCGCUUGAAGGUGCGGUGUGGUCGACAGACUCGUAGCUAAGCAGGGCAAUCUCGCAAAACUGAUGCGUUUAUGUGAACUGGUCGUCUGGGAUGAGGCCCCUAUGCAACAUCGUCGUUGCUUUGAAGUGGCCAACAAGCACCUGCAGGAUGUUCGCUCAAACCUUGCUCUAUUUGGUGGGGUCACCCUAGCCCUGGCUGAUAGAUGGUCGUGA